CACGAUUGAGUAUAAUAUAUCGACGGGUGAGAUUGAAUCUGUAUCAAACGCUCUUAUUAAGGUGACUAAAGGAAGAUUCUCACCAUUUUCUUCUCCGUUUCUCACUCACCUUUUCUGAAGCAGACAGAGUUUUUAGGGUUUUUGCGGAGGUUUCAAGGUAGGAAGUUAUAAUGGCGGAAGAGCACAAACACGAGGAAUCGAUCAUGGAGAAGAUAGCUGAGAAGAUCCACGGUCACGAUGGCUCGUCGUCGUCUUCCUCCGAUUCAGAUGACGAGAAGAAAUCUUCGUCUCAAUCGACUAUCAAGACGAAGAUCUACCGCCUUUUUGGAAGAGAGAAGCCUGUUCACAAGGUUUUCGGCGGCGGAAAACCUGCCGACAUUUUCCUCUGGAGGAACAAGAAGGUAUCAGGAGGAGUGUUGGGAGCUGCAACUGUAUCCUGGAUCCUAUUCGAGUUGCUUGAGUACAACCUCCUCACUCUUUUCGGCCACGUUUCGAUUCUUGCUCUUGCGGUACUGUUCUUGUGGUCUAGUGCUACUGCCUUCAUUCACAAGACGCCUCCUCAUAUCCCGGAAGUUCACAUCCCCGAGGAAAUUGUUCUCCAGAUCGCUUCUGGACUAAGAAUUGAAAUCAAUCGUGGUUUCACUAUUCUUAGGGACAUCGCAUCAGGAAGAGAUCUCAAGAAGUUUCUAUUGGUGAUUGCUGGGUUGUGGGUUUUGUCUAAAGUUGGUAGCUCUUGCAACUUCUUGACCUUAGUCUAUAUCGUAACUGUGAUUCUCUUCACCGUUCCCGUGCUUUACGAGAAGUAUGAGGAUAAAGUAGAUGACUUUGGUGAAAAGGCAAUGAAGGAGAUCAAGAAGCAGUACGCGGUGCUCGAUGAGAAGGUUUUGAGUAAGGUGAUGAGCAAAAUCCCUAAAGGAGCCUUCAACAAGAAGAAGGAUUAGAGAAUGUGUAAGUGUCUCCCACCACCACCAUCAUCAUCAUCAUCAUCUGAGUCUUCCCGAUUGAUGAUAUCCAAAUCUGGAAGCAUUGUUUUUUUGACUUGUUAUAUUGGAAGCUGUUGGUUUAUAACCCUUUAGUCUCUCAAAUCUCUACUCUGCGGAUUUUAUUUGGGGUUUUUAACCAAAUUUUAUAGCAUAUGGAAUUUGAAUGAACAAUUAUUGGUUCCUAUAUUCUCCGUUAUGAUAAAUCUUUGAAUAUUUCAAGCCUUGAGUUCCAAUAACAAUUAAUGCA